AUGGACGACUCGGCAGACGACAAGAAUCAGAUACCCCGCACCGUCAAUGGAGGGUUAACUGAAAGUGGGAAUGGGAAUGAGGAAGCUGGACCUCAGCUCACAGACGAAGCUACCUUGUUUGCUAGUCCGCUGCCCAUCGUUGGUGAACGAAAGACAACGACCAGAGUAGAAGUUUGGUCGUGGUACCUCUACUAUGUGGGAAAUUCGGGAUUGGGACCAUUCAACUUUGCUAUUUCUGCUUGGCAAAAUCUGUUAUACCUUGCUGGAUGGGAUCCCGCAUUUCCCAGGGGGACAGUAGCAUGUGGUGAUGGAGGAUGUAAUCUCGUUGCAUAUGGUACCGAGCGUUCAGUCAACUCGAUCGUGUUGAUCACCAAUGGUCUUUCAUUCGCAUUCCAAGCAGUCAUCUUCCUCAUUGUGGGAUCCUUCGCAGAUUACGGUGUAUGGAGACCUCAUAUCACGACUGGAUUUACCAUCUUGACAUGGGCUGUCAGUUUCGCUUGGCUAGGCGUGGAGAAGCCUUCAAAAUGGCAAGCUGGUACUGCGCUAUAUAUCCUUGGACUGAUAGGUUAUCAAGGUGCAUUGACAUUUUGGACCGCCGCUUUCCCGGGAUUAGCUAGAGAUUUACCGGAGAUCAAAGAGAGCGAAGAGAAAUUGGCCAAAGGGGAGACUGAUCAAAAAACCCAUGAUCGAAAAGACAUGUUGGCUCGCAAUCGACUAGCCAAUGUAUCCUUCCUAGUCUGUUCGGUCGGUGAACUGGUGGUCCUGGCGAUUCUAGCGGGCAUAUUGGAAGGCGUGAUCAAUGAUGAUCCUGAUAGUAACACAAAAGCUCUGAGUAUCGUAUGCGCGUACAGUGCGGGUGUAUGGAUCUUGUGCGCGAUCCCAUGGCUAUUCUACGAGCAGUACAGACCUGGUAAUCAAUUACCUCCAAGGACUAGCUAUCUGACUGUUGGGGUCAAACAGAUCUACCAUGCGUUCAGACUAUGUCUUCGACUCAAACAGACAUUCAUCUACCUCGCUGCUUAUUUCUUCCUGGGAGACUGCUUAAACACUGUCGUCAUCGCGACCUUACAGAACGAGGUUGUGUCGUAUGACACCAAGAUGCUGAACUACCUUCUUAUCGAUGGUAUCGCUGCUCAAGCGCUUGGAAUCGGGAUCUUUUGGCUGGUCCAAAAGAAAUAUACUAUCCCAACUAAAACGAUGUUGCUCUUCAACGCCUUUUGGAUCCUUGUACUUUGCGCUUGGGGAUGUAUAGGUAUCACUCAGCAGAAGUUCGGUUUCCACAAUGCAUGGGAGUUCUGGGCUUAUCAAGCUUUCUACGGAAUUUUCGUAUGUCCAUGGUAUGCUAUUUCUCAAGCGAUGAUUUCCGAGGUAGUCCCAAGAGGCAAAGAGUUCCUGUUCUUCGCUCUCUUUUCGAUCAUCGGUAAAACAUCGAGUUUUAUCGGUCCCUUCGUCAGUAGCGCCAUCAUUGAUCGAUCGGGCAAUACCAACAUGCCAUUCACCUUCUUGCUCGCCCUCGGAGUGGUAUCGGUCGGUAUUUUGGCUUGUGUGAACGUUGAGAAAUCGAGAAAGGAGUGUAGGAAGUAUCUCGAGGAUGAAGCUAUACGAGUGUAUGGGAUGAACUCUGCAGAGGUUCUGGUCGUUGGUAGUCAGUAUGAGAUGGAUGGUCAGAGAGGAGUCGCCGUCGAGAAGGAUAAGAGGUAG